AUGAGGGUUGCAACUCUCCAGUUCAACCCGCACCUGGGCGCAGUCGAACAGAAUAUCUCCCACGCCACCGCACUCAUCUCAGCUCUCAAGCCUGGCCAAGUCGAUCUCCUGGUUCUGAACGAGCUGGCAUUCACUGGCUACAACUUUUCAUCCCUCGCCGCCAUCAGUCCAUACUUGGAGCCCACCACCUCAGGACCAACGACAGAAUGGUGCAUACAGACAGCUCGCUACCUCCAAUGCCACGUUAUCGCCGGCUACCCUGAAAUCCAAACCUCACCUACUACAGGCAAGACGGCGCAAUACAACUCCACGGUCGCCGUAGGCCCGAACGGUGAAGUACUGGCUAACUACCGCAAGUCCUUCCUCUACUACACAGACGAGACUUGGGCCGCCGAAGGUCCCAAUGGUUCUGCCACAGAUCCGGAGAUGUGGUCGCAGACUUCCAGGCCAUUCUUCAUCGGUCCUCUUGGGACGCUUGGAACAGUCGGUCAUGGCAUUUGCAUGGACAUCAACCCUUACCGCUUCAUGUCGCCUUGGACAGAUUAUGAGUUCGCUUCAACAAUGCUCUCUCACGACGUCCGGCUGGUCGUGCUCAGCAUGGCAUGGCUGACUCAUCGGCUCCCGCAAGAGAUCGAGGGGGAUCCUGCGACUCCAGAUAUGGAGACUGUGGGGUACUGGCGGCAUCGGUUUGCGCCGUUCAUAGCUGCUUCGUUGGAUAAGGACAUUGUUGUGGUGUUUGCGAAUAGGUGCGGCAUAGAAGGCAAUAGAGUGGGGAGUGUGCAUGUGGAGAAUGGGAUGGAGAUUGAGGAGGGAGAUAGGGUAUGCUAUGCCGGGAGUAGCUGUGUGAUGAAGUUCCAGGCUGGUGGAGUGAGGAUGUAUGAGCGAGGGGAGGGUGUGGCGAUUUUGGGCAAGGGGGAGGAAGGGGUGCUGUUUGUUGAUACUGAGCAGGCUGCGAAGUACUCCCUGCAAAGUGGGCCUGUGUGA